UCUUGAAUGAAAGCAUGUUGCGAACGAAACACAACAACUUGGAAUUAUUUCAAUAAAAAACACGUGGUGUAGUGAAAUAUAUUAAAACCUGCCUAACUUUACAAAUAUGAAGAAGAAAAUGAAGAAACCCCAGGCACCGGCAGCCCCUGAAGACUCAGGUUCAGACUCGGAAGAAGAACUGAACCCCGAAGCCCACAAGGAAUCCUUAAAAAAGCUAAAAAGUACAGAUCCUGAUUUCUACAACUUCUUGGAAGAGAAUGAUGAAAAUUUAUUAAAUUUUGAUGUGGAUUCGGAAGAUGAUGCAUCCGACAAGGGAGAGGACGAUGGUGAUGAUGAUGAAAAAGUUCACAAACCAGGUCCCCUCAGGGGGGACAGUGAUGAAAGUGACUUUGAGGAUGAAGAUGCAAAACCAGUUCAAGGUAAAAUCACCCUUAAAAUGGUGGCACAGUGGCAGGCUGAACUCCAGAGUGAAGUCAAAGUGAAACUAACAACAUUGACUACUGUUAUCAAGGCGUUUAAUGCUGCUAUGUUGAGGGCUACCAGUGAAGACGGGGCCUCUGAAGGAGAAUACAAAGUUGAAGGAUCAUCUGUCUUCAAUGCUGUCAUACAGAUGUGUGUUCUAUACCUACCAGGUGCUAUAAGAAAGUAUCUGGGCACGGAACAAUCUGGGAAAGAUCCACAGAAAUGCAAACACUUCAUAAAAAUUAAAACACACCUGAUUUCAUAUCUUGGUGAUUUGCUGAAAUUGCUUGGAGGAGUAACAUCAGAGAAUAUAUUGACUGUGCUUCUCAAACAUCUGCACCAAAUGGCUAUCUAUGUUGCUUGCUUCAUUAGAAUAGCAAAACAAGCUCUAAAGAAGCUGUUGAAUUUCUGGAGUACUGGUGAAGAGACUGUGAGGGUGUUGGCCUUCCUAUGUAUAUUGAGGAUAACCAGGAAUCAGCAGGCAACAUUACUUGAUUCAGUAUUGAAAGCCAUGUACAUGACUUAUGUCAAAAACUGCAAAUUCGUGAGCCCUUCCACCUGGCCUGGAAUUAACUUCAUGAGAAGAUCACUAGUAGAAAUGUUCUCUUUAGACUUAAAUGUGUCUUAUCAGCAUGUUUUUCUGUACAUAAGACAGCUGGCUAUACACUUGAGAAAUGCUAUUGUUGUACAAAAAAUUGAAAACAGGCAGGCUGUAUAUAACUGGCAGUAUGUGAACUCACUGCAUUUGUGGGCAGACUUAUUGGGAGCCACCUCAAACAAACCUCAGCUGCAGCCAUUGAUCUACCCUCUGGUUAUGAUCACUACCAACACAAUCAAACUUGUGCCAACACAUCAAUAUUAUCCCUUGAGAUUCCAUUGUGUUGAGAUUCUGAUCAAUCUGUCAAAGGAGUCCAAUACUUUCAUGCCUAUUUUACCAUUCCUUGUUGAGGUUUUAACAACAUUUGACUUCAACAAGAAACAUAAGAAGGUUUCAAUGAAGCCAUUAGAUUUCUCCUGCAUUCUUCGACUAGCAAAGUCUCAACUGAUGGAGAAUGGAUUCAAGGACUCUGUUAUAGAACGCCUGUAUGGACUCCUGUUGGAGUAUACAGCUAAUGAGUCACACACGAUUGCUUUCCCAGAUAUAACCCUGUUAGCAGUAAUACAGAUAAAACAAUUUUUAAAAUCUUGUUCAGUAUCAAACUACACGAAAAAAAUGAGGCAAUUAGUGGAUAAAAUUGAGGAGAACUCUAAAUUUAUAGAACGAGAGAGAGCCAAGAUUAGUUUCUCUUUGACUGAUGAGAAGAUGUUAGCAGCCUGGGAAACUAGUAUAAAGACGAAAGGAACUCCUUUGCAAACAUUCUUCGAGAACUGGAGUAAAAUCAACAAGAUACAAAAACGUAAGAAGAUUACUAAGAAUGAUGAGAUUGCUGGUGAGUUGCCUAAGAUUAAACGGGCUAAGCUGUCUGAGGACGCGGCACAAAACGCGCAACCGGAGGAUAAGGGCCCGGUGGAACUGUUCCCAUCUGACGAUGAAGGUGAGGAUGAUCACUUUAAACUAGGAGAUGAUGAUGACGACACGCCGGCUCCAAAGGCAAAAUCAGUAAAGAAGAAAAAAGAAAAGAAGAAGCCAGCUAAGAAGAAAGCAAUGGAAGUUGACGACGAUAUUGCCGACGAUAAAGAAGAUAUUGUCCAAGAAUUUAGUGUAAGUGACUGGUAAUAAAUCCAUCAUUUGAUCAAAAAA